CGAACCGUUCAGUCCGUUCAACAAACACAAGCGUAUAUGAACCAGACAGUUACUAGAUUCAUCGGCUCCGUAAUAUAACAAUCGCCAACAGGUGGCAGGUAGUUUUUAUUUAUCAACUACUACGUGUAUUUUAUUGUAAAGGAAUUCGUUUAUCGGUAUGUUUCUUAUCGUGAUAGGAUUUAUCCUUUAAGACGUGAAUUACAUUGGAGAUUAUUUUUGAUAUUCCAUAGUGAACUUGUGUUUUGUUAUGUGUGUAUAAUGUAACUAUCGAUAGUUUUUGUGUACAUAUAUUUUACAAUAACUUAGUGGUCUGGAUUAUUGGAUAAAUCUAAUUUUCAAGAAUUGGUAAUAAUUUUUUCAAAGUGGUACUACGGCGAGCAUGAUGCAGAUCACCGAGGAUACACCUCCAGAUAUGUUGGCAGGAGCCAUGGAUCUUUUAGUCCAUUUACCAACCGGUAGAAAAGUUAAAAUGUCUGUUGAAAGAAGUACACCGAUGAUGGAUCUACUAGUUCAAAUAACCACCACACAUCAACUCCAAUUGUCGAAUUACACACUACAGGCACUCGAAAUGGCACCAUCGUCUAAACAGACUGAUAAAAUCCUCCCCUAUAAACCCAAUACUCCAAUUGGAACACUGGAUACCCAACACAUUAAGGUGGUACCAAAAACAAGAACGAUUCCGGUACCAAAAAACGUUCCGCCCGGACAGCAACCCUUCGAGAGUACUUUUCGAUUGAAGGUACAUUUACCAAGGAAUCAACUGUAUGUUGCAAGGGUCAGUAGAAAUGUGUUGUUGGAAGAUAUUAUGAAGAGAGUGUGCGAGGAGAAGAAUUUAGAUCCGUUGAAGUAUGAAUUUAAACACCCAGGUAACCUUGACCAAACUUUGGACCCAAAGUUAACACUAAGUGAUUAUCAGAUAACGGAAAUCAACGUAGUAUCAAAAGGAACUCACAGUCUGAGUCAAGCAUUUUCCAGUAGCGACAUAAUGGCCUUAAGAAAGGAAGAAGAAAGAAAACAAAUGCACAACAAAACUGGAGGAGGUGUAUUUAAUUUAAUCUUCAGAAGAGGAAAAUCGAGCAUGGGCUCUGGUUCAAUCUCCAGUGAUACACGUUCAAUUUCACCCACUCACAGCGACGAUUCUCGUUCUGUAACUCCUCCAGCAAUCGUUCAACAACCGAUCCUGCCGCCACCGAAACAAGAUCCACCACCCGAACGACCUAAACCUCCACAAAGGAAACGAAGACCCGCGCCCAAACCACCACAACAACAAAAACCUCCUAGUGGAGAGGAGGAAUGUAUAGUCAAUGAAAAUAGUUUAGAUUCUCGCAGAAAUUCAGAAGAAAAACCUCCAAGCACCAUUUCGGAAGUCAGUGAAUUACAGUCUAAAAAACCCGAAUCAGGCUUAAUGAUUUGCCAUUCUCGAAAUAGUUCUGAUAGUUCUGGAUACCAUGAAGCAUCUGUUCUUAGUGAAAAUUGUAAUACUUCAUUACCUCGAAGGCCGAAAUCGGCCUUUGUGGGUAGUGGAGAUAUGGAAAAAUUAUCCAAAAUGCGUAGUCAGAGCACGACCAAUUUAUCCAAGAUGGCUUCUCAUUCCAAGAGCACAACGAGCUUAGGAAUGACAGGUCGUAAAAAGAAGGCAGCACCUCCACCCCCACCUGCAGUUAGAGCCUCAAAUCCCUCAAUUAAUCUAGAACCUGCUAGUCCUGUAGUUGCUAGUCAAUCAACCACCCCUACAGAAGCUACACCUGACGCAUCACUGGAUACCUUAGUUGCACCAAAUUUACCUAAGCCCCUUCCCAGAUGUAAAACUAAGGCUCCUCCGGUACCGCUCCCAAGAACUGAAAUCACCACUUCAAAAAAAAUAGAGACAAUAAACGAAGACGUUGAAGAUAAAUUUGAUAAAUUACCCAAAGUGCCUAAAAUUGAUAACAACAACGUUAUAGAAGAAGUAAUCAAAGAAGUAAUAUUUCCUAAGGAAGAAACAAAACCUGAUAUUGAAGAAAAUAGUAAUGAAGAUAUUAAUAAUGAUAUAAUUAAAACUGUACAAGAUAUUGAUGAAAAAGGAUUAACAACAAUUCCGUAUCACGAAGAUUAUUCUAUUAAGGACAAAACGGUUGAUAAUAAUAACAAUAAGCGUGACAAAAUUGAUGAAAUAAUAGAAGAUAAACCAAAAUUAGCUUAUUCUAAAUUGAUUGAGCUACAAAAAGCGUCACAUGAGACUGUUUUUUCCUCGUCGGCGUUUAAAGUUUCAGAAAAUAUAGUUAAGAAGGAGGAAACAGAUGUAGAAAAUGUUAAUGCCAGAAUAAAAAAUUCUGAAAUUGAAAUAAACGAUGAAAUCAAAGACACGAAAAGAUUAGAAAUUGAAACCGAGCCAAAUUCAAAAGCAAUAAUCGAAUAUAAAAAACGCAAAGACAACGAAGUUAAAAAGUUACCACCGGAAAUUAUAGCAGUCAUACCUAAGACACCUAACGAAAAUAAAUCACCGCAAUCGAACAAAUACGACAGUUUCGGUAAAAGGAGAUUCCAAAAAUUACAAUCGUUGACAGAUUCUUUCGAUGACGACGCCAAUGCAAACAAAUUUGGUAGUGUAUCCAGUGGAACUUCAAUCUCAUCAGCUUUGGCUACUUUCAAUUUCGUAGAUGAUUUUUUAGAUUUGGACGAUAAAGUAUUCUCGGGAUCGAUAUCGGCAAAAAAUGUUUCGUUGAAAGACGAAGUGUUUAGUGAAUUAUACGGGAUACAUAAUCUUGAAGAUAUCAAAAUUGGUAAUAAUCAAUCUAUAAGCAGCUUGAGAAGUUUAAGAAGUCUACCCGGUUUCUAUAAUACCAAUAACGGAUUGAAGAAAUGGAAUAAUUACGAAGAAUUGGAUGCUAUAUCUUUAGCUUCGCAGGGUCCUAAUAGUAGAUGGGUGAUUGGUGAUUCUGAACCAGAAUCCCUAGCAUCACACCAAGCCCUAGAUAGUUUAGCAUCAAUAACUUCUUGCUCCAGUAAUAUUUUAACUGAUGCUAAGGAUGAUAAUAAACCUUUCGGUUCCACAGAUAGCGGUAUAGCUCCAGAAACAAGCGAAAAGCUAUCCGAAAUAGAUGAUUUUCAUCCUAUUACUCCUCCACCUCCACCUGUCUUCUCAGAUAAACCUACAGAAAACGAAGAAGUUGAAAGUAGGUUAGAAUUAGAACCAGAAAAAGUAACGAAAAUAGACGAAGAAGAACGAAUACCUUUUCCAGCUAUAGUUGAAGAAGAAAAAAGACUGAUCAAACCUAUUGUUGAACAAGAUAAGGAGGUAUUAGAUGAAAUAGACUGGCAAUAUCAAUUACCUUCGCCACCUAAAGCGUUUCGAGACUCGAGUCCAUUGAGAAACGAAGAGAUUAGCUCUGAAUCACAAUCGGUAACUGAUUUUAAAGAUUCUGUAGUUACUUCUCCGGAACUGUUUGAAAAACUAAAAUCAAUAGAAGACGCUCAAUCCGUUAGUACUUUUGUUGGCGACGAACCGCCGUUAAAUACUCUAUCCUUAGAGAAUUUAGAAAAAAGGAAAACUUUGGUAUACAACAGAGAAUUAUCGACUAGUCUGAAGAUGAACGAAGAAGAUGCAUUUUCGAAUUCUUUAAAUAAAUUCGAAAGUACUUACAUGGAAGUACAAAAAUCUAGUCAAAAAGAAGUAAGAGAACAUAAAUACGUUCCAAAAACAACCAACACUUUACCUAACUUCAAAAUAUCUACUUAUGAUAGACCAAAGCAAAAAAUAAAAGUGUUUGAAGAUGAUACAAUAAGAAGUAACACAGAAUAUAUUAAUAAAACUAAAGAAAAUAACGUAGAACGGUUCUCUUCUAAUUUAAACAGAUCUUAUAUAACUACAUCUAUGGAUAAUAUAGCCAUUAGACGAAAUUUCAAUAAUCAUACUGAAGAAACAUUCUCUAAACCGGAUAGAUUCAAUUCAAACUACGCACCAGUUUCGAGCGUUUUUAGAUCCGAAUCAUUUUCAACCGAAAAUACUUGGUCCACGACAAAACCCGUCUCAAGAUCCAAAUCUUUCUUAACGUUAAACGGGAACGCUAAAUUCAGACCAGAAAGGAAAUUUAGUGGCGACGAAACCAUGGAAAGAAGCAAUAGCUUAUACGAUGUAUCAGGACUUCAAAGUUUGGGGGUCAUGAGGCUUAUUCAGAAUAAGCUAAACACACCAACAGCAUCCCUUGAAAAUCUGCAUGUUCCAGAACAUAACAGAACAAAACCGAAUCCUCCAAAGGAAAUCUCACAACCAAAAUUAUCUCAUUCGGAGUCUAUCCAGAAAACCACCACCGAAAAAAUCUACAAGUAUCAAGGACCUCCCGCUAUCAAUAUGGGUACUUGGUCGGAUCGUCCAAAAGUACCAGUUAGUGUAAAAGAAGACGAGGAUUACAAAUUGGGAAAUAAUAUAUCUUCGAAACUAAUUGUUAAUACUACUAACAACGAUAUGUCCAGUAGUAAUAGUAUAGAAAUAAAAAAUAAUAAGAAACCAGAACAUCCUAACGAACCCAAUAUCAGCAUUAAAGUUAACGGCACAGAAGUACCUAAUACUUCUGCUGAAAAUAAAACUGGCAACGUCGUCAUUAAGAUAGCUCCCAACAAUAGUCACCCGACGCAUAAAACCAUGGAUAAUCAAAGGUUCUAUGACCAUACAACGCCGAUGGGCUAUAGGAAACCCUUCACCGACAUCAACAAAACCCAACGGCCGUAUUCCAUCGCUUUCAGUUCAGAAUAUGACAUAUCCAGAGUACCGGUGGUACGAUCUGUUGAACUCAAAAAACCUUACAGAGAUUUUGGUAACACUAGCGUUACACAAAUCAAUCAAGAACCUAUAAUCGAAACCAAACAACAAAACGGUUUUUUGGAAGAUAAAAAACCCGCUCUAAAAUCGCGCGUUUUCAACUCUAAUGGAGCACCUGUUGUAAGAGGAUUCAAACCUUUACCGAAAGAUAACUUUGAACCGAAUUCUCAAGUACCUUUCUCACAAGUCACUUUGAGAAGAACGAAAUCUAAUGUUCUGGAUGAAAAAUCCAACGAAACUGAAGUAAAACCACCUCCUCCGCCCGUGAUGCCAAAAGUUAUCCUUAAGAAAUCGACCAUAAAUAAGCCAGUUGAACCGGUUUUAGAUCCUAGAGAACAAUUAUUGUCAGCAAUAAGGAGCUUUGGUGGAAAAAAAGGGCUAAAAUCGGUAAAAGUAUAAUUUAGUUAACCCUAGUCAUGUAACAUCUUGUUGAUUUUAUUUUAGUGUGUUUUUAUGGAAGAAUAAAGUUUAUAUCAAUAAGCGAGGUAUUAUAUGAAUAAAAGUAAAAAUAUUUGGUUGUCGAUAAAUAUAUCUCUCAAAAUAUAUUGUACACAGUGCAACGUUGCCGAACUCUGUGAGUAAUAUUGAUAUUGGGUAAACUUGAAACAAUGAGGUUAAGUUGAUAUCGACAAAAGUAUAAUAUAUAUAUAUAUAUAUAUAUAUAUAUAUAUAUAUAUAUAUAUAUAUAUAUAUAUGUGAACAUAUUGUAAUUAAUUCAACUACAAUUUCUACAUUCACUCCAAACAAUCUACCAAUUUCUGCUAAAUAUAAUUUCAUCAUAUCAUUUUUGAGAUAACAGUAGUACUCAGUAAAGAAGCUAAUAAGGAUGUGUGACUUGUUUUUGUUAAGAUCCAAUCACUUUUUGGAUUUAGUGGUACUAUUAUUCCUAAAUGCCUUUUUGGAUUGAUCCAGCCCUAGCGCUUAUCUUUCGAUUUCCUUCCUACUCUACUGAGUACUAAGUACUAAACCAAUUAAAUGCGUUAACGAUCAUUUCCCGGACAGCGUAUUGGUCUCUUCUGUUCUUUCAAACAUCCUUAAGUCACCAAAAAAUCAGAUUAAAGAGACUAGGUUUUCUUUUCCAAUUUUUGUUUUACUUGAUCAGAAUGAAUCACUCUAUUACUUUUCUGGCACUAUUUUCAUUUCCACGCAACAAUUGUUUCAUCUUCCAAAAAUGCUGCUACUUCACUUCAAGAAGUAGUUUUGGAUCGAUUUUAACAAUUCCAAAAAUUCUAUCUAGGAUUUCCUCUGGUAGAUACAGAAGUUACCAUUAGACCCCAAAAUCCCUUUUGGCUCGAGAUUAAUUUCUGGAUUACUCAAACCUCUCUGAAAUAUCUUAUGGCAGAAUCAGAGGUAUUGUGUCUCAGAAGUCCUUUUGACCUGAUUCAAUCUAUUGCUGGGACCGCUCGACCAUUUGUGAUCUCUGGUAGAAUCAUGAAUGACUAUUUGGUCCUAAAAGCACUACUCUUAAACUAGAACAAGAAUGCAUGAUUACAUUAAUUCGAACCAAAUAAGGUUAUGCUUGAUUGUUACAUUAAUAACUUAUGGCUAAAGCAUUAAUAUCUGCCCUAGAACAAAUAUCAAGUAUCACUUGUAACUCGUGGGAAAAGUAUAGUGUAGAACACGUGCGGAAACUUGGCAUUCAAUGUCAUUUUCUUUGGUGAAACUUUAAUUUCAUUUGCUCUGUGUACAAUUUGUUGAUGCGAAUUAUGAAAAUCAACAUUAUGUAUCCAAAUGUCUGCAAAGUAUAAAUUAUAUUGUUUUAAUAAUAAUUUUUUAAAUAAAAUAGAAACAAAUUAUUUUAUCUUAUUAUGUUUUUGAUGAAAUAAAGUAUCGAAUUUUUAAUAUAUAUGUAUAUAAAAAAACCUAUUUUAAGACUAAAACUCGACAAUAUGUUACAUUUGUAUUUGUAAAACCUGUAUAUGUAUUUACUGGAUAAAGUGUAGUCAUUUGUAUUAUGUUUAAAGCUCAAUAUAUAAACUUAGGCUUGUACAUUUAAUAAUAAUGUAAAAUAAGUACAUACUUAAAACACGUUUGUCUUAUUAUAUUCAAUCAUUUCUUGUUUUAAAAUCAAUUUAGCAAGAUAUAGAACUUAUAGGGACCAAAGGUUUUGUGGAAUAUUUUUAUUUAUUUGUUACAUACUCAGUAGUGUAUUAUUUUAAAAUUAUAAAUUAUUUAAUUACUAUCGUUGAUUUUUUCUUCUAAUUUAUAAUAUUCGUCCUUCCUCAACAUCCCCUACAACAGUGUCUCCCAAAAUGGUCGUGAGUUUCGUUUCCUAAACAUUAACUGCUGUUCCUCCUAUUUCCUGCACCAAAAAGAAAGUGGCAAAACAUCUAUUAGGUCUAACAUAAACCAAUGGGGAUAUUCGAUUGGCGUCACAUCAAGUAUAGUGGAACUGAAAUAUCUAUUGGUUCCUAUCACCAUUCAACACAAAAGAUUUUGUUCUACGGCUCCUUCUUUGAAACACGCAUAAAUAUCUUGUUACUGAUAAAGUAUAAUAAUGGCGCGACGGUUUGAUUAGUAAUCAGCGGUGUCAUCUAGUGAAAAAUAGUUGAACUAAUGGUCACCUAAUGCUUGUAAUCAUUAUUAGUAUAUACAAUGCACGCUAGAUGGUGCUCUAAAGAAUUAUCGACUUUUAGAUGUUAUCAAAGUCAAAACAUCGAUGUUUUUCAGCUAAACAUCGAUGAAUAUCGAUCAUCCCUUACUCAACCCAAUAGGUGACCUAUUCAAGGGACGGACACAUUUUAUGAUGUUUUUUCCUUUCCCACAACUCAAGAUGUUUAUUAAUCUGCAAAUAAGGGAUCCCCACUGCAGUCGGUUCCUCUGGUUUAACUGUGGAUUAAUGAGGUUAACUGAAGUCCAUUUAUUGGACCCAGAUUAAAGAAGUACUACUCUAAUUUGAUUUGGGGUGGAUUUGUAUUAAUUUAAAUAGAAUUAAAGAAGAUUUAAGAUUAUACUCGGUAGAAGAGUGCGAAAUCGAUUUCCGGUUGGUUCAGGACAUAAUAGGAAUUGAAAAUAAAGAAUGAGGUGAAGAUAAUUUUUAAAAAUGGAGAAAGAAAAACUCAAACUUAACAUUUUUGUACAUAAAAUCGGAUUUGUCUACCUUGCAGUUAGUCACUUUUUAUUAGAUUUGUAUCAAUCUAAGGAGAAUGGAAGAGAUAAUGCGAAAUCGAUUUCCGACUGGUUCAAGACAUAAUAGGAAUUGAAAAUAAAGAAUGAGGUGAAGAUAAUUUUUAAAAAUGGAGAAAGAAAAACUCAAACUUAACAUUUUUGUACAUAAAAUCGGAUUUGUCUACCUUGCAGUUAGUCACUUUUUAUUAGAUUUGUAUCAAUCUAAGGAGAAUGAAAGAGAUAGUGCGAAAUCGAUUUCCGACUGGUUCAAGACAUAAUAGGAAUUGAAUGGAACGAAUGAGGUGAAGAUAAUUUCGAAAAAUGGAGAGAGAGAAACACGAAGAUCAAACUUUUUGUAAAUAAAAUUGAAGUUCUCUACCUUGCU